AUGGAUCCGGAGGUCACCCUCCCUUCUGGAAGACUUCUGUCAACAUUAAAAGUUAAAGAUCUACAAAAGGAGCUCAGCAAACGUCGACUAUCAUGCGCUGGCAAAAAAGCUGAUCUUCUUGCGCGACUUACUGAGCAUAUUAUCAUAUAUGAAAGUGGUAGGAAUAGUACUGGUGACCAAGUCAGUGUGAGCCCUGCUACAACCGAAGAACAGAUUUUACCUGAGGUUCUGAUUCGCUCUAAAGAAGUUUCUGAAAGGCAACAGACCAAGAAGAAGACGAAAAAACGUCGAAGCCAUUCAAGAUUGAACGAAACCUUCGAGUACGUAGAAGAUGAUGAAGACACAACCCAAGCGUUCACGCCAGAAGUUAAGUGUGUUGCUUCACUUGUGGACGCUACCCAUCGAAAGAGCAGUCGUCAGGCGAAAGACAGGCGUUCAAGAGGGGACAGCGGCGUUGGUGUCACGCAUGAGGUAGUUCGUGCUCAGACUCCUCGAAGUUCUAGGAAGGCAAAGCGAUCUAGUACUGUCGACCGCGCAGGUUCUCUGACCGAUGACGAGGCGGAACAGAAAUCCGAAGCAGUCCCUUCUCCUGAGUUUCUUACUGAUGAUGAGGGCGACAAAAAACGAGACGAUCCUACUUUUGAUUCAAGACACAUUAGUGCGAAGAACGAUGCUUCACCGAAGGAAAAUAUAAAACAGGAUGGAGAGGCGAUGACGCCAAGUAGAACUAACUCAACAAAACGCGAACAUUCAGAGAAGUCAAUUACGUCAGAAAGCAGAACUAUCACAAUGAGAACAUCGACUCCACAGUCGGUCGGGAGAUCACGCAAUGGCUUUGCAGCUCCUACUGUUUCAUCAACAGCGAGAAGUACAUCCCGAAAAAGAGAAGCGUUGUUUCCCAAUGAUGUCACGAAGACGAUAAAUGAGAAAAGCAACGCGAAUACACCUCGACAUUGUCUACCGUCCACUUCACGGCCGAUCCAGAAAAAAGAAAAGGGGAAUGCAACUGCGCAAUUCGCGCGCCAACAUGCUCUUCUCUUCGCAGAGAUGGAGUCAAUACUUGAUCAACAAAAGAGGAUCGCGCGCAAACAUGAAGAAAACAUGAAAGCCGUCCCUGACGUAGCUAAGCGCCUGGCCACUCCAAAAGCUAUUAGAAAUCCUCUACGUGACGCCAACUCAUCUGUUGGAAAAGAGAGCGGAUACGUGUUUGACGCGUCGAAAGCUAAAACCUCCGUCAGAGAAACGUCCUUUACGUUUGGCAAAGUUGAAGACUUCCGCCACGAACAAAAUCAGGACGCAUCUGGUACGGUUACAACAUCCUUCUCGUUAAGGGCUUCUAAAACACGUGAUCAGAGAGACGUCAAAUCAAGGACAAAGACGUCUGGUAAUCAAAGGAAAAAGACAGGUUUUCUCGGCCUAACGAUGCCAGUGAAUAACUCAUCACUAAAUCGUUUGGCUACUCCAAAGGGAAUGGCACCGGCUCAGGCUCGUCAAAAGGUUGCAUACACACCUCGGCGUGGAGCGGUCGGCGCAUUUGUGGACACUACCAAACUUUCUGAUCGUGAAUACGAACUCGCUGUUGCCAACGGACUAAUCAAGGCCAGAAGCAGAGCGUCUGCUAAAGUGGAGACCAGUCGCAGAUCUCGUAGAGAUGAUAUUUUGGACGUUAGAAGAAAGCUUAAUAUUUGA